ACGUUGGGUUGACGUUAAAAAGAUUACGUGGAAUAAAAUACAAUUUAAUUUGACACGGUAAUUUCUGGACAAAAACUUUUAAAUAAAUAGUUGAGAGCCCAAUCCCAAUUGGCAAGCCUCAUCAUCAAAUUCAUCGUCCACUAUUCUCAUCAUCUCUGCAAAUCAUUGCCCUUUUUAUCGAAUUUAAUUUCUUUUCUUUCUCUCUCAUCUUCUCACCUCCACCAUCCCUCUCUAUCGGCUUCCAUAGCUGAUCUUUUCUCUGUUCAUAAACCAAAUUCUCUGUUUCAAGGGUACAAUCAACAUAAACUUUUUCCUCUGAAAAAAAGGAAAUAUUCUCGAUCAAUUCUGAAUUGGAAUCAGUAUCGAGCAAAUUUUUGAUUGCUCGACCAAUUAAUGCAAGACAGAGACGCGAGGGGCUAUAUUGGCGGCGCGAUCUCUGGAUCAAAUCAUGCCAGAGAUCACCGGCGAGCAUUCAAAUUCAGUGUCGUCGAUGGCGAGCAGCAGCAGCGGCGGAGAGGAGCUGAGCCGCAACCUCUUCAAAAAGUAUGAGCUCGGGAGACUGCUGGGCUGUGGUGCGUUCGCGAAGGUGUACCACGCGCGCGUGAUCCGCACCGGGCAGAGCGUAGCGAUUAAAGCCAUCAACAAGCAGCGGAUUGUGAAGGGGAACCUCGCCGCCAACAUCAAGCGGGAGAUCUCUAUCAUGCGCCGCCUCCGCCACCCCCACAUCGUCAACCUCCACGAAGUCCUCGCCACCAAGACCAAGGUCUACUGCGUCAUGGAAUUCGCCAAGGGCGGCGAGCUCUUCGCCAAGAUCGCCAAAGGCAGAUUCAGCGAGGAUCUCAGCCGCAAGUACUUCCAACAGCUCAUCUCCGCCGUCGAUUACUGCCACUCUCACGGCGUCUUCCACCGCGAUCUCAAGCCCGAGAAUCUGCUCCUCGACGAGAAUUGGGAUUUGAGGAUCACCGAUUUCGGCCUCAGCGCCGUCACGGGCCAGACUCGACAGGACGGCCUGCUCCACACCCUGUGCGGCACGCCGGCUUACGUGGCGCCGGAAAUCCUCGCCAAGAAAGGCUACUACGGCGCCAAAAUCGACGUCUGGUCGUGCGGCGUAAUCCUUUACGUCCUCAACGCCGGUUAUUUACCGUUCAACGACACCAAUCUAAUGGCUAUGUACAGGAAAAUCUACAAAGGCGAAUUCCGGUGCCCAAAAUGGACCUCGCCGGAGCUCCGGCGCUUCCUCACCCGCCUACUAGACCCGAAUCCGAAUACCCGGAUCACGGUCCACGAGAUUCUAAAGGAUCCGUGGUUUAAAAAGGGGUAUAAAGAAAUUAAACACCCAAUUGAUAAAGAGUUCGAAUUCAAGGAAUCCAGCGAGGAAGCGCGUUAUUUCAACGCUUUCGACCUAAUUUCCUACUCCUCCGGUGCGGAUCUCUCCGGUUUGUUCGAUUACCGCGUGAAUUCGGAGAUGUUCGUGUCGGACGAGUCGCCGGAGACGAUUAUCGAGGGGCUGGAAGCGGUGGCGGAGGAAGAGGGGAUGGGAGUGGCAAAGAAGGGAAUGGGGGUGCGGCUGCAUGGGCAGAACUGUAAAUAUGUAAUUAUGGUGGAGAUUAACCGGCUAACGGAACAACUGGUGGUGGUGGAGGUCAAAAGUAGUGGAUUUGGACGUGAUUUGUGGCAGGAUAAAUUCAAGCUUCGGCUUAAUCAUUUUGUUUACGAGCCGCAGCCGCAGGUAUCCGGCCAUUAACGGGGUUCGCAACUUGUAAUAUUCAUUGCUGCACAAUCAUUCAUUCCAUUUAGGGAUCUGUUAAUUCGGUCGACGCACUCGAUUUCAGACUUUUCUUUAUUCGGGCUAUUCGAGAUUUUUAUUUAUUUUGAA